AGAGCCGGCACCGCAGAGCGCCGCCCGGGGAGCAGUCGGGUUGACAGUUGGCGCCGCCGCCGCCGCCGCUUCUGCCUCUGUCUCUGCCUCUCCCUCCCUCACUCGCCGACCGAAAAAAAUGGUGCUGGACUUGGACCUGUUCCGCAAGGACAAGGGAGGGGACCCCGAGCAGGUCCGGGAGAACCAGGUGAAGCGCUUCAAGGACGUGUCGCUGGUGGACAGGCUGGUGGGGGCGGACGCGGAGUGGAGGAAAUGCCGGUUCCAAGCAGAUAACUUGAACAAAUUGAAAAACCUCUGCAGUAAAACAAUUGGAGAGAAAAUGAAGAAAAAAGAGCCUGUGGGUGACAGUGAUGCCUUACCAGAAAGUGCAGAGAAUUUGGAAGAACUCAACGCUUCAGUCUUAAGUGGUUUAACUGUAACUCAGAUCAAAAAAAUACGGAUCCAUGUUGAUGAAGCCAUUGCAAAAUGUGAUGUGGAUCGUCUGAAACUAGAGGGACAGAGAUUGGAAAGCCUGAGAGAAAUUGGUAACGUGCUACAUGCCUCUGUACCCAUCAGCAAUAAUGAGGAUACAGAUAAUAAAGUAGAGCGAACAUGGGGAGAUUGCACAAUUGCAAAGAAAUAUUCUCAUGUUGACCUGGUGGUAAUGAUUGACGGAUUUGAAGGUGAAAAGGCAGCUGUAAUAGCAGGCAGCCGUGGGUACUUCUUGAAGGGGCCAUUAGUGUUUCUAGAACAAGCUCUGAUCCAGCAUGCUCUGCGGACUCUGGUUGUUAAAGGUUACACUCCGCUCUAUACGCCAUUCUUUAUGAGGAAGGAAGUAAUGCAAGAAGUGGCCCAGCUCAGCCAGUUUGAUGAAGAGCUGUACAAGGUUGUUGGUAAAGGCAGCGAAAAAGAAGAUGACAGCUCAAUUGACGAGAAGUACCUGAUCGCGACUUCCGAGCAGCCGAUCGCAGCCUUUCACAGAGACGAGUGGCUGAAACCCGAAGACCUACCCAUUAAAUACGCCGGAUUCUCCACCUGUUUCCGACAAGAGGUUGGCUCGCAUGGCCGUGACACCAGGGGCAUCUUCCGUGUUCACCAGUUUGAAAAGAUUGAACAGUUUGUCUAUGCUUCCCCUCAUGAGAAUAAAUCGUGGGACAUGUUUGAUGAAAUGAUCGAAACUGCUGAAGACUUCUACCAAUCUUUGGGCAUUCCCUACCGCAUAGUAAAUAUCGUCUCAGGUGCAUUGAAUCAUGCUGCAAGUAAAAAGCUGGAUUUGGAAGGCUGGUUUCCUGGCUCCAGUGCAUUCCGUGAAUUAGUGUCUUGUUCCAACUGCACAGAUUACCAAGCACGCAGGCUACGAAUCCGAUAUGGACAGACCAAGAAAAUGAUGGACAAAGCCGAGUAUGUGCACAUGUUAAAUGCUACAAUGUGUGCGACAACCCGUGUUAUGUGCGCUAUUUUGGAGAAUUACCAGACACAAGAUGGUAUUGUGGUGCCCGAAGUGCUUAAAGACUACAUGCCACCAGAUUUGAAGGAGCUGAUCAAGUUUGUAAAACCUGCCCCGAUUGACCAGGAACCAUCCAAAAAACAGAAGAAGCAACAAGAUGCCAACAAGAAGAAAUCUGCGGGAGGCGAUAGCAAUUUGGAAAACCAAGUGCAGAACAUGUCUGUCAACAAUUAACAAAUCAUUUUAACUGAAACAGUUAAUUUAUACAGAAUGUGUUUCUUACUGUCCCAAUUCAUUACUCUGGUGGAUGGUUUAUUUGUAAUGGAGACAGAUAAAGUAAAAAAACACAGAGGGGAACAAUGUAUAUGCAAGAAUAAUGUGCAUCUCUUGAAUUGCCUGCUUUUACCCAUAUUGGAGCCGAAAGGGAAAUGAGUUUUACGGAGAUCGUGCUUCCAAAGCACAUCCACAGAACAUAACAUUUUAUCUCCUUAAUAAUGACGUGCGGUGUAAUAAAACAUACUACUUAACUGGC